ACCUUUUAAUCCCUAACAUCAAAAGGAAUCUUCGACAAACCAUCAUUGCCGUUAGCAUGGUCCAUCAGGGUUCCCAACAUUGUUAUCACAUCCAAAACCGGUACUCCGAGAUACACCGAAUCAAAAUGAAAGCAACUCAACUCCUGUCUCCUGGGUACUUUCCUUGCAUCAACCGUUUACUGUUCGAUUUAAUUUGAACCCAAUAAUAAGGGUUCUACUUCCAGAUCGAAGUGUUUUUUUUUUUUUUUAAAAUAAAAAGAAUUUGUUAAUUUGAGGAUAAAACUUUAAACCCCUUUUUAAGGUUUUAAGAGGAGCCAUGUCUGCAGGGGUUUGUGGGAAAAGGGUGGGAUUUGAAGAAAUAUUCGGAUCUUCUCCCAAGAGAUUUAGGUGUUCCAGUUUUGAAUCUCCGAACCCAUCGUCGGAUUCUGAGUCCAGACCCGAUGACCCGGCUUCAACUAUGUUGCAAAUGUUCCCUUCUUUUGAUCCUGAGUUAAUAACAACCACUCUUAGAAAUCACAACAAUAAGAUUGAAGAUCUAAGGGAGAGUUUGAACGCUCUUUCCUCCGAUCUUGAGGAAAGAAAUAAACCACCACAUAGCUUUGAUUAUGCGAGAACUGGAAAUUGUACUGAUAUUCCUGUUCAUGGGACUGCUACGUGUAGUCAAAUGUCAGAACAGAAUGUUGAAGAUGUAGAUAAUAUCAAACAAAAGUUUGAUAAUGGAACUACUGUUGAUAGUCCUAAGUGGGUAGAUUUGUUUGUGCACGAGAUGAUGAGUGCAACCAAUAUCAACGAUGCUAGGGGGCGUGCUGCAAGGAUUUUGGAAGCCUUUGAGGGAAGUAUAACUGCCAACAAAAGAGUUGCUGAGGAGAUGGAGUAUGCUUCCUUGAAGGAACAUUUGCAGAGCUUGUUAGAUAAAAAUCAGAUUUUGAGGAAAGCUGUUGCAAUUCAGCAUGAACGCAAUUUAGAGCAAGAGGGAAAGGAAAGAGAAGUACAACACUUGAAGCUCACACUCAGCCAGUACCUAGAACAAGUUCGAACUUUAGAGGUAUUCAUUUUUUUAUUUUACAUCCUGUUUUUUAUUACUGUUUUUUUGGUAUGGAAUCUUUCGGUAUCUGAUAGUCACUUUGGGUCCUGAUUAAUUCGAAAUCGAGCUGGGUCGAAUCUUGUAAGGGGGAUAAGCUCUCCCAAGUCUGUUUUCUCCAUUCACAAUACUCAAAACCGAGACUUUAUUUAAGAGAAACCAAACUCCUUAUCAUUCGGAUUAAUAAGCGUUGAUAUUUUUUGUUUUUAAUAACUGUUUCCAAACAUACAUGGUCCCCGUGCUUGUUGUGGUAUUUGAAGAUUCGCUUACACUGCUAGAGGGACAAUUUAUGGUAUGCUUUAUGAUUUUCUAUUCGUCAUGCCAUUUCACUACACAGGCCACCAGUAGCUCAAUUCAUAUUGAACUUUUUUUUUUUUUUUUGUUUCUAUAUUUGAAACCUUCUCUGCCUAAGGUUUUAGCUGUAAGCCUCUAAUU